GGCGUCCCCGCGAGACAGUCGAGCCCCGGCCGGCUGCGCGGCGCGCUGGGUGCAUGUGGGGGCUGCUCCGGAGCGACGGCGGCUGCAGCUGGAGCCAGGCGCUCGCCUGUCCGCCGGUUGGCUCGCCGGGACCUCGCGCACCGGCGGCAGAGUCCCUUGCGUGGAUUGGCAAGCGAAGCCCCACCUGCCCCGAGCUCACCAUUUUCUUUCGCGCUGGCUGCAGCUGAUCCGGCGAAGGGAGCCGACCGGGCCCUGGGCUGGAGGUAAAACCCCACGGAAAGAACAUGAGGUUCCCUUGGAAAUCAUUCAAGAGGAAGAUGGAAGGGGCUGUUUAGAAGAGCUUAAAAGCUACAGGCUGUAAGACUUGGGCCUGAGUGCUGGCAGUGGAAAACACUGUUGGGCUGUGAUCUCUCCCUGAAAAGUUCCAGGUGCCUUUUUGCUUCCUGCAAAAGAAAGGAAGCGAAAGAGAAGACCAUGUCCAUAGCCCUGAAGCAGGUAUUCAACAAGGACAAGACCUUCCGGCCCAAGAGGAAAUUUGAACCUGGCACACAGAGGUUUGAGCUGCACAAACGGGCUCAGGCAUCCCUCAACUCGGGUGUGGACCUGAAGGCGGCUGUGCAGUUGCCCAGUGGGGAGGACCAGAAUGACUGGGUGGCAGUACAUGUGGUGGACUUCUUCAAUCGGAUCAACCUCAUCUAUGGCACCAUCUGUGAGUUCUGCACCGAGCAGACCUGUCCUGUGAUGUCAGGGGGCCCCAAAUAUGAGUAUCGGUGGCAGGAUGAUCUCAAGUAUAAGAAGCCAACAGCACUGCCAGCUCCCCAGUACAUGAACCUUCUUAUGGAUUGGAUUGAGGUUCAGAUCAACAACGAGGAAAUAUUUCCAACAUGCGUGGGUGUUCCCUUCCCAAAGAACUUCCUUCAGAUCUGCAAGAAGAUCCUGUGCCGCCUUUUCCGGGUCUUUGUCCACGUCUAUAUCCACCACUUCGACCGGGUCAUUGUGAUGGGUGCAGAGGCCCAUGUCAACACCUGCUACAAACACUUCUAUUACUUUGUCACAGAGAUGAACCUCAUAGACCGCAAGGAGCUAGAGCCUUUGAAAGAAAUGACGAGCAGGAUGUGUCACUAAUGCUCCACCUCACCCUUUGGAAGAAAGGAAAGCUGUUUCCUCCUGGUGCCCUGAGCGGGCAGGAGGUGGACCACCCUGGCUGAAAUGACACACCUACUCCCAGGAACAGCAGAGGUGGAGGCAAGCAGUGACUCCUGAGAGACAUUCCCCACUCACUUUGUGUGCUCUUAACCUUCUGAGUGCUGCUAGCCCAGACCUGUGGACGAGGCAGACCACAACGUGAAAGAAGGACCAGCCCCUUGACCGUUCUGGCUGGGGAAUUGUCCACGAGGAAGCCCCUGCACUUCCACACAUGGCACAGUUCUGCCUGUGACCUGCCGCCUAAGCUUUACUGGAAUUCAGGUUUUGAAACUGAGAUGCGUGUUCGUAUUUUUCCACUUAUCUGUCUUGUCAGAUGGCCGACUUCUCUGUGAUUGGUUUUUUAAGUGCCGGGUGAAUUUUGGACCUCUGGAUGUGCAGCAAGUUUUUAUGCAAUAAGCCUUCCUUUCAGGUCUCUAAAAGCUCCUGCUCUGAUCUGUGGUUUAACACUGUGCAGGGCUGUGGGGCUCUGAGAGACCUGAACCCCUCCCCAUCCCCUGCACCUCCCUACUCUCCUUGCCGAGGCGUCCAUAGCAUUUCCCUAAUAAAUAGUUUUAUCAGGGACACUCCAUGGGGUGGCUUGUCUCAGCCCCAAACAGGGUCUUCACAUUCUAACUGCAGGGAAGAGACUGGUUACUAGCGUAAAGCUGACAAGUUACCAGUUCACCUGAUCAGAAUGUAUUUUUUAUAACCACCAUCAUUCCUUGUCUCUUCAGUGGAAGAUAUUCUUUCCUGUUUCCCAGAAGAGAGAAAUAAAAGUCCUAAAUGACUAAGAAUGAUCAGCGGGAGCCUUGGGCAUGAUUACUGCAGUGUUUGUUCUUUAUUAAAGACAGGGAGUCGUGGCUGUCUCUACAUAAUACUAACAUUUCAGUGAAAAAAGUACAAUUGGUUAUUUGGUACGUGUAGAUUUAACACCCAGACGGCUGACUUGUAACCCUCCCCACUAGCCUUCUGAGCAUUUAAACCCAGCCGUCAUUCUCUCCCCACUCCACGCUCCCCACUCCUCUGCCAUGUUAUGUUACGGCACAAAAUUAAUUUCUGCCCCUGUGAUUGGGCCACGGUUGCCAAGGUAACAGUGGAGCUGGAGCUAACUUCCUUCUUUCAUCCUUCCCAAUUUUUCUAUUCCAGAAGACAGUCAGAAUAAUGCAUUCUGUACUACAUCCUGCCUUUUGAAACCUAAAUGAGUUUUCGUUGAUGAAAUGUUGCCUUCUCUGAUUCAUUCACAAAACUGUGGUGGUUCUGACCACCUGUGAUGAGGGGGGUCAUAAUACUUCCAGUGAUCCUUUUAAUUUAGCAAAACAUUUGUUGGUGGAGGGAAGUAGAUAAGAAUGUAUUAGUGUAUUUUAAAGUAAUAAUGAUUAAAGAAUAACUAAAUGACUCUGA